UGUCGAUGCUGUCUACCUAAUGUUCCCGCUACCAGACCGGUAUCUACUGCGUUGUGAUAUCCCAUCAUGCUUCGAUUGCGUAUUAUGUCUUCAACGGCCACAAUUUUCUGUUCUCUGCUGUUUUCACCGUCCACCAUAGAUGCUGGAAAUCGAACUGAACAGGCAAACGGAAAUCGUAACGAAUCGACCAAUUCAGUGUGCGAUACACAAGCAUGCAAAAACGCUGCGAAGAAGAUCUUGGAGCGUAUCAACACCUCAACCGAUCCAUGUGACGACUUCUAUCAACACGCCUGCGGAAAAUGGAUACAGAAUCAUGAGAUUCUCGACAAUGAAACUCUCGUCGAUGAAUUUUAUUAUUUACAGAAAAAACUGGAGAAAAUCGGUCAAAGUUUGCUGGAUAACGUCACAAAAGACCCGUUUCCGUCGGAAGUCAAAAUAAAACACUUGUACCGGCAGUGCAAAGACGAAGAUCAUAUUGAGCGGCAAAGUGGUACGCCGGUGCUUGAUUUCCUGAAUAAGCACAUGGGCGGUUGGCCCGUUCUUACUGAUGAGUGGAACGCUUCCAAUUUCGAUAUCUUCAACGCAUUAGUUAACGUUCACUUCGCUGGCAGUUCCCCCUUUUUCGAAAUUAUCGUUGACUAUGAUGUCGUCAGUCCGUUGACCAACGUGAUUUAUAUUACCGAACCGGCGACCUUCGCCGGUGUAGACAUAUUGAACAACGAAAUCACAGGAAAACUGCACAUCGAAAGUUAUUUACAACAACUGAUGAACGUAACAACUUUACUUCUGCAAGAGACAAACAAGUCACAUGUGGAUGUUAAUCAGUUGUCACCCAAUCUCACGGAUAUUGUCGCGACUGAAAAGUAUCUCGCCAUGGCCGGACUAUCCGCCAUGGAUGCUCAAAAUGACUCCAUAUAUCUGAACAAGAUGACACUAAGUGAAUUUUACCAGCGAAACCAAUUCAACUCUUCCUUGAUGAAGAACAUGACGGAAUACAUGCAGGCUUACUUCAAGGAAGCCAACAUUACGGGCAUCAUCCACAAUGAUACUGUCGUGGUUGUGCCAAAUUUGUCAUUGUGGUCCAAGCUGGACGCCAAAUUUGCGGAGUUCGAGCAGCAAGGCGCGGAAGGAAUGAAGCGCGUGGCUAAUUAUAUUGGUUGGAGAGGCAUACAGCAUGCACUGAGGUACUUGUCCCUUAAUUAUAGAAGAACCCAAGCAGAGUACGAACAGAAGACCACCGGUAGAAAAGUUAAAGAGGAACCGCCAGCUGGCGAGCGUUGUCUCGAUAUCGCUACGGAAUCUAUGCCUUUGACGAUGGGGGCACUCUUUGUUCGAGAUACCGUUCCUAAAGACCUUAAAGAAAAAGCCACUUUGAUGGUCAACGACAUUCAAAUGGGAUUCAAGGAGCUCCUGGACGCUGCCAGCUGGAUGGACAACGCCACACAUAAUGCAGCACAAAAGAAACUGUCAGCUAUGAUUAACGAAGCCGCCUACCCAGACAUUAUGGUCAACAAUAUCUCGUUGAUUGAUUCGAAAUACGCAAAUAUCGCCAUUCAAAAGAGUUACGCAGCGUCCAUGAUGGAGAUUGCCAAAAAUCUGAUUGUUCGCAAUCUGAAGCUAACCUUGAAAGCAAACUUGCGUUAUGACCCGGUCAAGGACACCGGUGAUAUCACAGAAGUGAAUACAUUUUACAGUUCGAACAUGAAUGGUUUAAUUAUUAAUGCUGCGAUUUUGCAACCACCGUUCUACGACCCAGAAAGCCCAGAGUACUACAAUUACGGGGGCAUCGGUGUGCUUAUUGGCCAUGAAACAACGCACGGCUUUGACAACACCGGAGGGAACUACGACGAUCAAGGCGUGCGACGGUCAUGGUGGACGAACAGUACGAAGGCGGCGUAUGACAUUCGCACAAAGGGACUGGCGGCACAGUACGAUAAUUACACCACGGCGGUCGGACGGAUGAAUGGGCAGCUGACACUAGCGAAGAAUAUCGCUGACAACGGUGGCACCAGAGCAGCAUACAAAGGAUACCUUCGACACUUAAGCAGGUUAAGAAAGCCGGAACCUGUUGCCGCCGAAUUGGCUCAUUACUCUCCGAAACAGCUGUUUUUCUUGUCGCUUGCUCAGGUGUGGUGCGAAAAGGCCAGACCAGAGGCAAAGCGUAUCAACCUCCUGACUGAUGAGCACUCACCGGCAGAAUGGAGAGUCAACGGCGUGGUCUCCAACAUGGUGGAGUUUUCGGAAGCGUUCAACUGCUCAGUCGGUGCUAGGAUGAAUCCUCGCGACAAGCAGACUGUUUGGUAGUAUCGGGCACGAGAUUAAUGGUUAUUAAUCGAUCACGGUUGCACGUGGAACAUCCAUUUGAUUAAUACUGAGCAGUUUGAGCGGUUACGUUAUGACGCGCGAUAGCAAGUGUGCAGCAAAAUUUUACGUCAAGUUUCUUUUC